AUGGUGAAAAGAGGCUCAACUUUAGGUCGCCAAAAAAUUGCAAUUGAGAAAAUUUCAAAAAAAACACAUUUACAAGUUACGUUUUCUAAGCGUAGAGCCGGAUUAUUCAAGAAAGCUAGUGAGCUUUGCACACUUUGUGGGGUUGAAAUUGCAAUUCUUGUUUUUUCUCCGGCUAAUAAGGUGUUUUCAUUCGGUCACCCCGAGGUUGAUUCAAUUUUGGACCGAUUCCACGCUCGACAUCCUCUUCCGAAUUCAGGGUCCCGACAUUUGAUCGAAGCGCAUCGAAAUGCCAACGUUCGUGAGCUGAAUUCACAACUGACUCAUAUUCUUAAUCAAUUAGAAGAUGAAAAAAAGAAAGGAGAAUUACUAGAUCAAAUUAAAAAAACUAGCCAAAGUAUGUGUUGGUGGGAGAGUCCUAUUGAUAAACUUGGAUCGCAAGAAUUAGAAGAAUUAAGGUAUGCAUUGGAGGAAUUAAAGAAAAAUGUUGCUAAACAAGUGAACAAACUUUUGUUUGAUUCUUCCCAAUUUUUUGGAGGAAAUAAUGGCAUAGGGUCACAUGUUUUAGAUUAUGAAAAUAAGCCUAAUGUUGGGUACUACCCACAAGGGAUAUUUGAUUAA